AUGUUGCGCUACGCACCGAUGCGGCGUUGCAGCGCGGCGGCCAUGCAGACACUAAGCGCCUGGCUGACAGACCUCGCCGAGGAGUCGAUGGCCGUGCCAUCGGCCACUGCCGCGGACCUGCACAUGAGGCAGAAUGAUGGGCAAGAGCCAACCCGGAAGACACCUGCGCAGCUGUGGCGUGAGCUGGAGGACGCCGCCACUCACGCGAACGCCCUUCGCGAGACCGACACGCUGUUCAGCAUCUUGCAGUGUCUUCUGCUCAAGCAGCAGUAUCCCACCGACAUGCAUGCGUGGGCCCGCCUGGCGAAGCAACUGUUGCCGUACAGCGGCAUCGAGCAGAGGUCAGUGCUGUGCUACCCAGGCCGGUCCGAUGCCACAUACCGCAGAGACGGGCACCCACGCGGCAGCAGCCUAGCCAAUCUCUCCUCAUCCGGCGACCCUGUGCUCACUGGCACGGACGGCGGCUUUGGAGACGAUGGCGCAUCGCGUCAAGGCAGCGGUGGGUCCAGGCGAGGUGGGGAGCAUGCAGUGCCGUACAGCCUGUACCCCUCGCGCGAGACACUCUUGCUGAGCGGCGGUGUCGUGCCGCUCAGCGCGCGUGUGCCGUUCGGCGAUGGGAGAGCGAUCGCGCUGUUCGUGCGCGGCUUUACUCAGUUCAUGGAGGGCCAGCUGGGCGUGCAGCCGCGCACACAACUUACCUCGGAGGUGUUGCAGGUCGUCAAGGAUGUGUCGGGUGCAGUGACGGAGGCGUUAGCCGCGAACACCGAUUCCUUGCAGCUGGAGCUGCUUCUGCCGGCGUUGCUGGACUACAUGGAGCUGCUCCACGUGCUGGACCUGCGCACGGCCACGGCGAACGGCCAUGGGCCACUCGAGACGGAAGAUGAGCGCCGCGAUGCUGCCGGGGCGACGGGGAGAGACGACGAGCCGAACGGACACGGUCGAUCAUCACCGCCACGAUCGUCCAGACCGACGCGCUUUCUUCAGAACAUGGCAAAUGACCUCGCACAGAACGUCAUGGCUGGUGCUGCGCGUGGUGCUCGCGUCGUGCUCUACUACCUGAACAACCGCUUUGCAGCUGUCGUGGAGGCGUACCAGGCGGACGCGCCGGACACCUUCACCGAUAAGAUGUACUGGGCGCAGCAGCGGUACUUGCUAACCCUCACCCGCGCCUGCAUGUGGGCCAUCAGUCAACACUACACGCCAGUCACCACAGCUGCAUCGUCUGCGGCGCCAGGGAGCGUUGCCUCGUCGCCGUUGCCGCACCUGCAGGGGCUGCGGUGCACUGUCGCCACAACGGACCUCGUCGCCACCGCGCCCAUGAAUGCUCAUAUACAGGCGCUGUACGACCACAUCGAUGUGCUCUUCCAGCGGAACACGCAUGCCAACAACCCGCUGCGCCUGACCGACGAGGAGGUGGCGCAGUUGAAGGAAGUACACACAUCCGCACUGCUGCGUGCGCUGCGUACCGAGGAGGCGGCUCCGGACGCGUACCUGCGCCGCGCGUUGGAGGUGGUGGAUCGGGUGCCAACGUCCAUGGCCAUCGAAGGCGAACUAAUCUCAGGCAAGGUGCGGCUGUUGGAGCUGGACAGCGACACUGUGGACGAAGAGGGUAGGGCUGCCAUCUACGCCGACUUGCUGACAUCGCUUCGCAGCCUGGUAGAGAUGCGGCCGCGCUUUUCGAGGCACAACGGCGCUAAUCACGCUGCUGCUGCAAGCACCCCCUCCGACGGUGGCGGCGGCGAGGAGGACGAAGGCGAUGGGGAGCAACUGCGACUCGAUGCGGCAACGCAGGCGAUCUUGCAGCGUGCCCACGCCGACGUCAUCACGGCCUUCUGCGCGGCGCACACGGAGGAGUGGUCGAACGAGGCGUACAACAUCCUCGUCGCGCACAAGUACCACGGCGUCAAGAUCACGAACGACCUCAUACGGCCGGUCCUGGAGGUGUUCAGUCGCCGCGGAGACUGCCGUGUCUUCAGCUUGGUAGAUUUAUGCGUGCUCUACAGCAAUGAAUCGAUCGACAUGCACACCAUCGCGCUGCUGUUCCGCACAUGCGCGGCGGCCGGCGACCACUACCGCGCUCGCACGUUCCUGCAGCUGGUGAACGAGAUUAUACAUGGGUUUCUUGUGAAGUGUCCGGCCUCGGUGAAGGAGUCACUGCAGGAGUUGAAGCUGCUCGACCCGCCGCCGCGGCACCUGUUCGUGUCGACCGAGGAUGAUCUUGUGCAGAGUGCGCUCGGCGAGGAGCAGCGCAAGGUACGCCGGCUUCCUACCGUGUCGUGA